CAAAGAGAGGCUUUGAGAUCCUAUUAGGGAACCUCUGGGGCCCGGAAAGGCCGAAGAGGGAGCCCGGGGACUGACCGAUGGCCUGUUGUUGGGCUGCUCUUUCCCCGGCUGCUGUUCCCGCUCCUUGCCUCCCCCCCAUCCCGUCUCCGCUCUUCUGGGCCCUUCCUCUUCCCCUUUAAGAUCCUGACUUCUUCAUCUCUCCUGUCCCCCCUUGGCUUUGGCUUUCCUUUUUAGGGACUUGGGGAUUGAUUCCAUUCGGUUGUCGCCCUAUCCCGGCCUUGCUGGGGCUUGUGGGAUGACUUUGGGUCUCUUUUCGGAAGUCUUGACAUGUUUGGUCUGAUGUUGCAGAUGUGCCCGGAUCCCCUUGAACCCCUCCAGGAAAGCUCUCAGAAGAAAGUAGGGGUCUGCCUGUAGCUGCCCCUCCCCUUCCUCUAUUUUUAAAGGAGAUUUUUCUUAAUUAAGAGAAAUCUAAAAAUCCUGAAAUUAUCGAGCCUUUCCCACAUGGAUGUCAGAGUGUAGAGGCUGGCCAGAUGGACCCUCGCGAGAGUUGUGGAAACGAGCUGGUGCAGGUGGUUUAUGUUGAGCCAGACCUAACAACGUGAACUAGGGAUAAAUGUGCACUUGGGUUCACAGAGUCAAGACUGGGAGGUGGCACCUGAAACCAAGGAGUGAGCUACAAAGCUGGGCUUCUCUAUGGAACAGUCAUCUCAGGAAAUACUCACAUGGGAUCGCCCCUGUGUUUCUAGUUUGGGAGAAACUUCAGAAUGUAAUGCCAGGCUAGAGAAGCAGCCAAGAAAAGUCGUGAGACAUCCCAGACUUGGUCCUGGAGAGAAACCUUAUAAAUGUAAUGAGUGUGGGAAGGCCUUCCGACAGAGCUCACAGCUUAUUGUACAUCACAGAAUUCACACUGGGGAGAAACCUUAUGAAUGUAGUGAAUGUGGGAAGGCCUUCCGAGAGAGCAAAGAACUGAUUCGACACCAGAGAAUUCACACCGGAGAGAAACCUUACGAAUGCAAAGAAUGUGGGAAGGGCUUCAGAGAAAGCAAAGAGCUCACUCGACAUCAAAGGAUUCAUACUGGAGAAAAACCCUACGAAUGUAAAGACUGUGGAAAGGCUUUCCGGCGGAGAACUGGACUUAAUGAACACCAGAGAAUUCACACUGGGGAGAAGCCUUACGAAUGUAAUGAAUGUGGGAAGGCCUUCCGCAGGAGAACCGGACUUAAUGAACAUCAGCGAAUCCAUACUGGAGAAAAACCUUAUGAAUGUAAUGAGUGUGGGAAGGCUUUCCGUGAGAGCAAAGAACUUAUUCAACACCAGAGAAUUCACACAGGGGAGAAACCUUACGAAUGCAAAGAAUGCGGGAAGGCUUUCAGACGGAGCACAGGACUCACUGACCAUCAGAGAAUUCACACUGGAGAGAAACCUUACGAGUGCAAUCAAUGUGGCAAGACCUUCCGCUGGAGAACAGAACUUACCUCUCAUCACACAAUUCAUACUGGAGAGAAGCCUUAUGAGUGCAGUGAAUGCGGGAAGGCCUUCCGCCUGAGCGCCCACCUCAUUCAGCACCGGAGUAUUCACACUGGAGAGAAACCUUAUGAGUGUAACGUUUGUGGGAAGGCCUUCCGCUGGAUCACAGGACUGGCUUCCCAUCACAGAAUUCACACAGGAGAGAAGCCCUAUGAGUGUAACAUCUGUGGGAAGACCUUCCGCCAGAGUACCCAGCUUUCCAGACAUCACAGAAUGCACACUGGAGAGAAGCCCUAUGAAUGUACUGAGUGCGGGAAGGCUUUCUGCCUGAGCACCCAACUUAUUCAACACCAGAGAAUUCACAACCGAAUGAAGCCUUUUGAAUGGUAAGGCCUCCCAAGGUGAUGGACCUGAGGUCCGGUUCACGAGGAGAGCACCCACUGAAGUUUGGAGAAUUCCAACUAAAGGAGGACCUUAAAGAUCAGAUCCCAGUCAGACUCCCCGCAGUGGCCGUCAGCUCAGCCUUCAGAAGGUAGCCACUUCCCUCCUCUCACCCCUCCAGUGAGACCUAAAAGGGACUCGAGGAAGUUGUGGCGGUCUGACCCGAUCUGCUCCUUAAACCAUCUGCCAGUCGUCCCCUGCCCUCUUCUCCCUGCUCCAAUCUCAGGAGAGCAGGCUCCUUGCUAAGGCCAAACCCUCCGCCUCCCACUGGAUCUCAUCCCCCUCAUCUGUUCCCCCCUCCCCUCCAGUCGUCUCCCUCAGGCAUUUUCAGUCCCUCCCUCUUCACCGACUCCACACCUGCUGCUUACCAGCAACCCGCCUCCUGUCUCAGUUGUCCCACCGAAGCCAGAUCACCAACUUAUGGGGCCUUUUCCCCAGCCUUUUCCUCUUUGAAUUCUUGAGGCUGAGGAGCCCCCUCCUCCAUCAUUUUCUCCCUGGCAACCCCCAGGACCCCCAGGCUUCAGCUCUUGUUCUGUUUCCAUCAGCCCACUUCUCUCCUCGGGUCCUUUCAGGGAAAGCAGCAUCUGGAGGAGAAGCGGGGCCAUGGGAGACUCCCAGCGGGCUCCUCCUCCUGCUGCCAGCGGGACCCCAGGCUCGUGGGAGGAGGGAGGAGGGAGUCUGUAUCACGACUAUCGGGAGUCUGGGCCAGCCAACCAGGAAGUCAUCAAAGGGGGCCCCCUGAGAGUCCCCCAGAAACCCAAGGGGUCACUGCAGGACAGUGCAGAGUGGGAGCUUUGGGAGGGAGUCAUUGUUGGAGGGACCCCAGGGCAUCUGUGAGCGGGAGGGGAGAUGGAGCGAGAAAGGUGCCUUGGGUGCUGCGUCAGGAGGGCUGUGUCGGGAGGGUGAUGUGUGCCUGAAUGUUUGUGCGCCUGCGAGAGACACAGAGACAGAGAGAGAGAGAGACAGAGAAAAGAGAGAGAGACAAAGAGAGAGAGGCAGAGAAAAGAGAGAGUGACAGAGAGACAGAGAAAAGAGAGAGAGCGAGAGUGCGGGACCCCACCUGUGUGGGUCACACAGCUGCCACUCCGAGGCUCUAUUUCCUGGCCCUCCCUCUGUCCCCGGUGCUGCCGACUUCAUGGGGUGACUUGUCCGUGCAGACGUCGGUGACUCCCCGUGGCCCGCGGGGUGAUUGUCAGACUCCGUGUCACCGGCAUUUAAAGUCUUCCCCGCUCGGGUGCCAAGCCACCGCCCCUUGGGCUCCCCUCGGCCGUGCCCCCCAUGGGGGCUCUCCCGGACCCGCCCCAGGCCGUGCUGUCUCCCUUCUCCUUCCUGUCCUUGCUGGGGCUCCUAAGCCACCUCCCCACCCCCCAGACCUUCCGUAGCACUUUGUUCCUCCUCCUGUGAGCUUUUGUGCGGGUGGCGUCGGUGAGGAGGGGGCUGAGCUUUCCUUAAGCUUCGCGUGUCCCCAGCCUCGGGCUCGCCCCCGGUGACUAAGAACCGCCGGCCGAGGGGACUCGGGCAUGGAGCAGGCUUUUCCGGAGCGAAUAUCUGACUGACCGUCAUUGAAUUCAGGCUGCGAAGCUGCGACGGUCAGUGCUCCGGCCCCCAAGUCCCUCCCCCGGCCUCUUCCACGCGUUGGAACUUCCCCAGGAGCAUUUUCCACGUUGACCCAAAAGAACUUGAAGCUGGCGGCUGCUCAGCCAGCGCGGCUCCGGGCCCGGGGGCCGGUCACUCCCGCUCCUGUCACCUUCCCUUGCUCGCCGGCGCCGGCCGGGAUAGGGGCAGGAGGUGGGCGAAGAACGAGGCUUUCCACAGACACAGGCAGCGGGGCCGGCGGUAGUUAAUCAGAGAAAAGCUUAGCCGGCUACAAUCUCAAGCAAGAAAAACGCCCCAGUCGUGUUGGGCGCCCGGACCAGUUUUUUCAUGUUUGAGUCGAAGUGAGAUAAGGGGAAAGGAAAAGAGGUUUGUAGCUUUGGUCUCUCACUUAGAGGUGGUGCAGGAGGUCUGGAAAGGAGAAGGAAGGAGAGGUGAUUUUGGAGCAAGUGCAAAAGGAGGGGAUCUGGGGAGGUAUCGGCUAUUUUGCAGCACCCUCCAAGUCUUUCUGAAGGAUGGAGGAAUUGGCCAUGUUCCCCUUUUCCCUUCCUCCAGUAGCUUCCUGCUCUCCCCAUGAAGGACCUCGCUGUUUACAGGCCAUGGCUCCUAACCUCCCAGGAGGAUGAAGUGUCCUGUCAGCUUAAAGGCUCCCGGAGAACCUUGGCCCGUUUGAUCAAAGAAUGUGACGGAGCAGGUCUUGCCACAGCACAGAUUAU